AUGGCCUCGCACCACCAGUUCAAAGAUCGGUCACUGAUCGCUACCAUCGGCGAUGAGGUCAGUUCACCCGAUGCAGGUUGGCGCGCUUACUGCCCAGUCGUCGAGGCAGACAACUGACACCCCCGAUCCGAACGCUCCUCGGUCGUCUCAGGACACCAUCACCGGUCUUCUCCUCGCUGGCACGGGGCACGUCGAUGCGAGGGGCAAGAAGAACUUUAUGGUCGUCACGUCGAGUGCGUUCGUACCUCUCGCCGUGCUCACUUUCGCUGUCAUUCGUCCGAGACGUCCCCCGUGCUCGCUCUAUCGCUUCGUCUUGCAUUCUCGGCUCGCCUCGACAGGACAGGAUCGUCAUCGCAUACCGCCCAUGUGUGGAGAAUAAACCCGAGUUGCUGAUCUCACAACACCUGCCUCUCUGCAGAAACACCGGUCGCGACGAUCGAAUCCGCGUUCGCCGAAUACACGGACCGCAGCGACAUCGCGAUCGUUCUGAUCAACCAGCAUGUUCGUACAAGCGCGGACCCGCAUCCCACGAACUUGCGCCGCCUGAUAUGCUCCUUGUGCACGUCGACAGAUCGCGGACCAGAUCCGUGCGUUGGUCGAAAAGUACGAGCGGGCGUUCCCGGCCCUGUUGGAGAUCCCCUCCAAGGAUCAUCCGUAUGGUACGUGCGAUCGCGCCGCAUCCGGCCCAUCGGGCGAAUCUCAGACUGAUCUGGCAAGCUCGCUGCGAGGCGCGUACAGACCCUUCCAAGGACUCGGUCUUGAAACGGGUCAAGAAGCUGUUUGGAGAAUAG